ACGAACGAGAGGAGGAGGAGGAGGAGGAGGAGGAGGAGGAGGAAGAGGACGCGAUGGAAAAAAAGCACGUCGAGGAGGAGGAGGAGGAGGAGGAGGAGGAAAAGGAAAAAGAUCAAUACUACGAGGGGGAAGAGGACGCGAUGGAAAAGGAGGACGUCGAGGAGGAGGAGGAGGAGGAGGAGGAGGAGGAGGAGGAAGAGGAGGAAGAGUAGGCGAUGGGGAAACACGAGGACGAGGAUGAGGAGGAGAGGGAAGACGAGCAUGUAGUGGACGAGGAGGAAGACGACGAGCUACAAGAGGAGGAAGAGGCUAUGGUGGAGAAAGACGAUGAGGAGGAGGACAAAGACAAAGAGGAAGAGGAGGACGUAGAGGAGGAGGAGGAAGCUAUGGAGGAGGAGCAGGAGGAAGACGGGGAUGAAGAUGAGGAGGAGGAAUACAAGGAGGACAGGAAGAGGAGGAAGAAGACGAAGAGGACGAAGCACGAGGAGGUAGUGGACGAGGAGGAAGACGACUACCUACAAGAGGAGGAGGAGGCUAUGGUGGAGAAGGACGACGAGGAGGAGGACAAAGAUGAAGAGGAAGAGGAGGACGUAGAGGAGGAGGAGGAAGCUAUGGAGGAGGAGCAGGGAGAAGACGGGGAUGAAAAUGACGACGAAGACGAGGACGAAGAGACGGGGGAAAGAAGAGGAAGACGAGAAGAAAGACGCCAUGGAGGAAGACUAGAGGAGGAGGACGAAGAGGAGGAAGAAGAGGAGGAGGAGGAAGACGUGGAGGACGGCGUGGAGGUAGAGGAGGUGGAGGAGGAGGCUAUGGAGGAGGAGAAGGACGAGGAGGAGGAAGAGGAGGAGGAAGAGGAGGAGGAGGAGGAGGCGAUGGAGGAGGAGGUGGACGAUGACGAAGAGGAGGAAGAGGAAGGGGAGGAAGAGGAGGAAGAGGAGGAGGAGGAGGAGGAGGAGGAGGCAUGAAGGAGGUGAUGUUACAGUAUGCAACAGUUUGGUAUCGGAGCAGACCUCUCAUUCAGAGGACCCGCUCAAUCAAGUAGCCAGCUUGCUUAAUCUAGUGAUCACUCAUUAGUAAAUCAAGUAGGACUUCGUCAAAUCUCUGGAAAAAAAAAAUUAUCACAACAACUAUCUGAAAAUUUCUGAUAUUUGCAUUUCGUUUUACCUGAAAAUUUCUGAUAUUGGUAUUUCGUUUUUACGUAACAAAUAUCUGAAAAUUUUUGAUAAAUCGCAUUUCGUAUU